AUGUCAACGCGAAAUGACUCGGAGAAUGUCGCCUAUCGGUUUGUUCUCGACCGUAAGGUUCAAACAAUAUCGAGCAAUGGCAUCCCCGAGGAUGGAUUGGUAUCAGGCCUCUUGUUUGUACCCAGUCUAGAGCCGCAUGAUCCGUGUUAUGACAUUACUGCUUCGUCCGUGCCGUCAAAUGUGACCCGAUACGAAGAUGUGUCUGACUUCGGAUACUCCCUCGUUGGCCUUGCUCCAUGGGUAACUGCCGAAUGUUCGCUAUCGUUCCUCUCAGCCGCCCAAAAGGUUGGCACGCACGCUAUGAUCUUUUUCCAGCCGUCAGACAACGAGACCGGCAUACCACCGGACUCGAACGACUCUCGCUGGGCAACCAAUGACGGAGAGAAAUGGAGAAUGGACAACGAUUACCCAGUGUACGCCAUUCCUGGCCCAGCUGGAACUACAUUGAUCAAUGAUCUCUCGUGGUAUUCAAAUAAGACACCCGAAGACAAGAGAGACAACUCUACCGAAAAUUUUGCGCUACAGACCAAGACAAACCGAUUGUUUGCCAGGAUUGAGACUGGCGAAGAAACACAAGGGGCGUCGACGAGCGUUUGGAGUUUCGUACUUGCAAUUGCAGGAACAGUUCUUAUACUCAGUAUCCUCCUGAUCAUUAUUUAUCGAUUUGUCCUGCGUAAGAGACGCGCUCAGCUGCAGAGACGUGUUAAUGCAGGUCAAGUCGACAUCGAGGCCUUGGCAUUGAACCAAAUGACGGCUCCUCAAGAGGUGGUUAACAAAAUGCCACGUUAUACAUACUUGGAGAUCAUCCCGCCAACAGAAGCAACGCUGCCACAAGAUAAUACAUCGGCAAAUCCAAUCGAGCAUGGUUCUGGAGACAAGAUCAACUCGCUAUGGCUCAAGGAAAACAACUAUGCCCAGGACGAUGCUGGCCUCCAGAAACCCGAAGCAGCGAUGAUAAAGCCUGGACAGAACGAUACUUGCAGAAGCAAGUACCGUCUGAGCCAUACUCAAACGACUUGUGCUAUUUGUCUCGACGAUUUUGUUGUUGGGUCAUCUACGGUCCGCGAACUGCCUUGCGGACACAUAUUUGACUCAGCGUGUAUCGAUCCAUUCCUGACCCAGAACUGCUGCCUUUGUCCCUUAUGCAAGAAGAGCGUUUUGCCAGCAGGAUCAUACUAUAUCUCUGUGACGAAUGAAAUGGUCGAACGAGAGCAUCUUUCGAGACGCCCUUGA